UUCCCUUUUCUCAGUCUCUCUCUCUCCCACUGUCCAUCUCUCUACACCCCAUAAAUUUUUGGUAUAUUUUGUUGUAGUCAUUUUCUUUUGAUCUAUCUGUCUAUCCAUCCAUCUCCACAGGUCCAAGAAGAUCAGAAGGUGUUGCUCGAUCCUUUGUUGUGGCCGAGAAAUGGCGAGGGAGAAGAUAAAGAUAAGGAAGAUCGACAAUGUGACGGCGAGGCAGGUUACGUUCUCGAAGCGGAGGAGGGGGCUGUUCAAGAAAGCGAGCGAGCUCUCGGUUCUGUGCGAUGCCGAGGUUGCCGUCAUCAUCUUCUCUGCCACUGGCAAGCUCUUUGAGUUCUCCAACUCCAGCAUGAUGGAUACACUUGAAAGGUAUAGGAUCCACCACUAUAACAUCGAGCACAUGGAGACCCCGAUGCUUGAGCUGCAGCUGGAGAAUAGCAAUAACAUCAGAUUAAGCAAGGAAGUUGCAGAAAAGACCCACCAACUAAGGCAAAUGAGGGGUGAAGAUCUUCAAGGAUUGAACUUGGAGGAAUUGAAGCAACUGGAGAAGAUGCUCGAAGCUGGCCUUCACCGUGUGCUUCAGACUAAGGAAGAAAGGAUCAUGACUGAAAUCGCUGAGCUCGAGAAAAAGGGAGCCAAGUUGAUUGAAGAAAACAAAGUCCUAAAACACCAGGUAGAACUUUAUUCGAAAGGAAAAAAGCCCGUUCUGGUGGAAUCGGAUACUGCAGGUGCUCCCGAGGAGGGAGUGCUGUCGUCGGCGGAGUCCGCCACCAAUGUCUGCAGCUGCAGCUCCGGUCCGCCACCGGACGAUGAAGGCUCCGAUAUUUCCCUCAAGUUAGGGCUUCCCUUCUGAAGUAGGAAAGACAUCUUGAGAUCUUGAUCAGGGAUGUGCCAAUAGCCCGUGCUGCAGCGGAGACUUUUUUGUGCGUACGAUGACAGAAUGUAAUAACAGUAUAUGAGUAUUACCAAACAAGUAGAAACUGUUCUACGACAAAUCCGUUACAAAAAAAAAAUAAAAAAAAAUGAUGCCUAUAAGCGAUUCUGUUUCUGCUAUCUUCGAUCAAACAAAGACAAUGUCCUCUUGCCAAAAGUUUUUAUCUAUAGAAGCUAAUAUGUAUUAAUUAUA